AGAAUUAUGGAACUGAACAUGAAGUGCCUCGUCUGUUUACUUAUUCUUGUUUCCUCGGUAUUUUGCUUUGGUGAAGAUCUUGUGGCUUCAAGGCGGUUCAACAUAAAACCUGAUCCCUCAGCAAAGUCGACGGAUAUAGUCUGGGGUGACAUUAAGUGUACGUUUACCUACCAGGCCAUGGGAGGAACCAACGAGGACUGGGAGAUUGGAAUUAUUCAUGCUGAUGAACACCAGGUGACCUGCAUGGUAAACAGAGCAGAUAAAAUGACAACAUACCUGGUCUUCCAGAGCUUCUCCCUGAAGGUCAAAGGUGCAGAGUUUGCUGUUGGACAACCAUAUGAUAGGAGCAAUGAAGCUCUUCUGCCAACUGAGUUUGUUGAACUGCCAAAGAAAAAUAUGGUUAAAAACAGCAAGAAUUUUAAGAAUGAGAUCGGAAAAGUUACAUUAUGGGCCAAAUUUGGUGAAGAGAAAGAAGAAUUAUAAUAUAAAAUCAACUACAGAAACUGACAGCACAACGCAGCUAUUUACAUGACAUCACAUACUACCUGCCUCUAUACAUUGUAUGUACAUGUCUGUGUGUCGAGGUACAGGCAACCACCUCUCCAAGGUUGUAGCCUCAGGUGAUAGAUUCAUGGUGUUAGGUAUAGGAGCGAUAUGUGGUGCUAGGAAGAAUGUAAUAAAAGGCGUUAGAAAUGUGGUAUUCAAUGUGAGUAAAGUGUUAUGUGUGAGAAAUGAAGUGUUAGAUGUGAGAAAUGAAGUGUUAGGUGUGAUAAAUGAAGUGUUAGGUGUGAGCGAUAUAGAGUCAGAACUCCUCUGGUGUGCAUGCUUCCCAAUGCUUCACACGUUACCUUGGCUGCAAGGAGUACAUUGAGUAUUGUUUUAGGACUUCAAACAUUUUGUUUGCCACAAAUACUUCCAAUUGAUGCAGAGGAGAAAACACAGUUGAUGAAUCAUUAUAUUAAUAAUGAAUUUAAGAAAAAAAAUCAAAAAAUCAAUUAAAACAUAAGAUUUAUAUAUGGAAAAAAAACUGUCGGUAUCAAUUUUGAUUACAGAGAAAGAUUUUAUUUUCAAAUACAUGUACAUGUAGUUCCCUUGAUACAAAAUGGAAGAUUCCUCUUCACAACCAAGGUUCCCCAUCAGCUGUCAAGCUACGGCUGUACCAUCAGUACUGACAAAGCGAAAUGAAGGGAAGUAACUCCGAUAGAUCAAAACGGAGGUAAUGUACAUUAACGCUGGUCACAUUCAAGGAGUUCUGAGUGGAUAUUUGGUGUGUAGGGUUGGGUGUUAGAAAUUUGAUGUUAGGUGUGAGAAAUGUGUUAAGUGUGAGCAGUAUGGUUUAAGUUGAAAGUAUGUUAAGACGACAGUUAUAUAUUAAGUCUUUUAAUGAAAAACAAUGUGUUAAAACAUUCUUCAAAAACUAUGGGUAUUGAUAUUCUGAGCUAGACGUAGUUUUCCAAAUGUUUGACUUUGUAAGAUAUUGCUUGGUCAUCAUGACAAUACAAGUAUAAUCAUUUACAUAGAAAACUACCGAAAUAAGCUUACCGAAAGCAGUGAUGAAAUUGACAAGAUUUUAGGGCAAAUAAUAAAAUUUGGACUAAAUCACAUCUUUAAUAAAUUUAAAAACAGACAAUAUUUUCAUAAUCAAAAUGUUCUUUGUGCAUUUAGUAGUUGUGAGAAUCAUGGUAAAAAAACUUAGAUUGACUUUAUAACCAAGUUAACUAAACCUGAAUGUAUAGAGUACAAGAUUGUAAAGGUAUAUUUGGGAUAGAAGAAUAUUUUUAUUUAUUGACCAAAUAAAAAAGAAAUGGUAUACAUUU